GCCCCGCCCGGCGCCGUCCGGGUCCCCGCGCCCUCCCGGCCGGGGCGCGCCGCCCCUAGCUCGGUGCGGUCCGAGCUGCACGGGAAAGCUUGCAGAACGAGCGGAGAGCCGCGCGUGCGGCGAAGGUGAUGACUGCGGCGGCAUGGAGUUCCCGGAGCACGGCGUACGGCUGCUGGGCCGCCUGAGGCAGCAGCGCGAGCUGGGGUUCCUGUGCGACUGCACUGUUCUGGUGGGCGACGCGCGCUUCCCUGCGCACCGCGCUGUACUGGCCGCGUGCAGUGUCUACUUCCAUCUCUUCUACAGGGAUCAGCCCGCGAGCAGCCGCGACACGGUGCGGCUCAACGGCGACAUCGUCACGGUACCCGCCUUCAGCCGCCUGCUGGACUUCAUGUACGAGGGCCGCUUGGACCUGCACAGCCUACCUGUCGAGGACGUCCUGGCUGCCGCCAGCUACCUGCACAUGUAUGACAUCGUCAAGGUCUGCAAGGGCAGACUCAGAAAGAAGGACCCAGAUCUGGAGACCCGUACGCUGGGGACAGAGCUUCCUGGGCAGCCACCACACCCCCUGCCUUCCUGGUCCCCUGCCUUCUGCCAAGCCGCACCAAAGGCCAAACCCCCAUCUCUAGGGGUCAAGGCUACCCAUCCCCUGCCAACAUUUGGACCUCCGUCUUGGCAGGUUGCAGAGGAGUCAAGUGGGGCCCUGGACCUGUCACUGAAGCCUAGCCCAAGACCGGAGCAGGUCCACCCACCCUGUCUCCUCCAGACAUCCCUCUGCAGCUCCAUACAGCAAGUGGCCCAGCCUCUGGUGAAGGCUGAGCAAGAUUCGUUCUCAGAACAAGAUAGCAGCAGCCCGCAGAGCGCGGACCAAUCCCCACCACCAGUCUGUGCUUCUGCAGCCCAGGGCCUGGCAGUGGACUUGGAGCCACUGCACAUCGAAGGGACGGGCAGCCAGCAGCUUGGGCUGCCUGCAGAGCCAGUGCUGGACAGUGAAGAGCUGGGUCCCAGCAGGCACCUUUGCAUUUGCCCGCUGUGCUGCAAGCUGUUCCCUAGCACCCACGCACUGCAGCUGCAUCUCAGCGCCCACUUCCGGGAGCGGGACAGUGUCCGUGCCAGGCUCUCCCCCGAGGGGGCCGUGCCCACGUGCCCACUCUGCAGCAAGACCUUCUCCUGCACAUACACCCUGAAGAGGCAUGAACGGACACACUCUGGGGAGAAGCCUUAUACCUGCGUGCAGUGUGGCAAGAGCUUCCAGUACUCACACAACUUAAGCCGGCAUGCUGUGGUCCACACGCGGGAGAAGCCCCAUGCCUGCCGCUGGUGUGAGCGCCGAUUCACACAGUCCGGUGACCUGUACCGCCAUGUUCGCAAGUUCCACUAUGGCCUAGUCAAGCCCUUGCUUGUGUGAAGUGUUUUUCUGUAUCCCCACAAGGUGGAGGGAGAAAAGGGGCAGGGUCUCCUGGGUGGGACUCUGGGGCAGAGGACAAAAGCACAGGCAGGUGGUAGCUCUACCCCAAGACUAGAAGGUUGCACCAGCCAACCUGAAUGAAUGCUGCUGCUUCUUGGAUGGGUUGCCGCCUCCUCCCCUUCUCCCCACCUCACCCCUGAGGCUGUACCCUGCCCAGUUAGGGACACUUUCUUCCUCACUGUCCUCUCUAGCAAGGUUCUAGAGUGCCUGGCCUGCCCGCACACUGGGCAGUGAGAGGUAACUCAGUUUUCCUGCCCUGGAGCUUCCCUGUCCUGCUGGGAUACUUGAGUGUCCUGGUUUGCCUAAUGCCACGAUAGAAUGACUCAACUUGUCAAGAAAGUCAUUAAUGCAAGUGUCUUAACAGGGUGCACUGAGUGAGCAGGCCAUUCCUGGUGAGUGACAGCAGGAGCCCCUGUUGAGAAGGCCUCAGGCACAACAAGUACCAGCAGGGGCCAUAGAGAUGCAGCUGGCCUUUCAGGAGGCAUAGCUCCAGCGGGGACGCCUAGCAUCAUGAGGAGGGCGGCUGAAGCUGGGUGUCCCUGGAGUGGCUGUUACUAGGGUGGAACGGAGUGGGACUUUGGACAAUGAAGGAGAAUUUGGAAAUGGAUUGUCCUUAUAUCUGGAACCUCCCAAGGCCACUAUGUGUCCCCUACUGGUUGAGGACCCUGCAAGUGUCCCCUAUUGGCUUCAUGGGGCUGGUGAUGGCAGAUUUUGCCAUGAACCAAGCUUUGCAUGUUGAAGCUGAUGCUGUGUUCCAGCAGGCCUGACCCUGGGAGUCGCUCUGCUGCUUUCUGAGGGUCUCCCUGGAGCCGUGGUCAUUCCCAGGCACCACACACACAAGGCCAGAGCUCGGCCAGCUUUAACAGGAGCAAUGUUUGCCGCACCACCUCCUGCCGAGGGGCAUGGGUAGGAGCAGCUGUCACAGGGAGAAGGGAGGCAGAUUGUCCCUUCAUCUACAGCCCUGGAAGGAAGGCUGGUGCCCUUGAAAUGUGAAGGACUUCACCCUCUGCCUCUGCCGUGGAUAUGGGCCACCUUACUUUAACGACCUGCACCCCAAGCAAGCCUUGGUCAUUUCAGGAAGGGGGUGGGGCAGGAUGGGGGUUGGCCUCAGCAAGUGGUAGCGCUGCCUGAAACAACCUGCCCUCUCCCCAACAGGGCUGUCUCUGCUGAUUGCAAGUGGCCCAGAGGCCAGUUGGGCAAGUCUAAGUCAUGUGUCUUCUGCUAACACUUGAUGUAUUUAUUUGUUUGCUUGGUCUUGGAGUGAAGUGACAGUUGGUCUCCCCAAGGUGGACAGAUCCACUGUUCAUCUCCUAACCAUCUCUGUGCUCGCCUACUAUGUCCAUGGCUGCCCUGGGAAGCUGAUUCUGAUCAGUGAUGCUCCAAGACUGGAGGCCCAGGACAGGCUGCAGUGCAGAGCUGGAGAAGAGGCAGUGCUGUCCUGGCUUCUGACUCCACCUCUGGAGAGGCUGGUAGGACCCUGUGACUUAUGAUCUGAGUGAUCGCUCGCUCACUCCCUCCCUCACCCAACAGCGUGUGUGUGUGUGUGUGUGUGUGUGUGUGUGUGUGUGUGUGUGUGUGUGUGUAGUACUACACAUAUGCAGGCAGAACACCCCUGUGUUGGUUUUUCCUCUAGUGCUUGCUUUCCCAGGGCAGGUUGCCUACCCUCAGUCAACACUGGACUCUUGUUGUCUUUGGUGCACAGUUACUGUGAAAUUAACAAAGAAUGGUGACUGGUUAUACGUUUAUAACUGGCAUGGUUCAGUUGUGUGUAUGUAUAUGUCUGAUAUGCUACCUGUGUGGAGAGCACAGGACAGCUGUAGAAGGGGUCCAGGUGCUUUCUGCUGUGUGGGGUUCCCGGAGCCAACCCAGCUACUGUUCCUGCCUGUGGUCUCACUGCUGCUCCGCCCCUGGAGGGACCACUGGGAAAUGACUCCACAGGACAGUUCUGCCCAGGUUUGGCUGGGAUGUUUGCACAGCCCUGCUUGCGGUCAGCUGCACCGUUCCUAGAAAUGAGCGCCGUCUUCCUAUUCCACACACUCUGUUGGUCACGAUGGCAGUGUAAUAAAGCCAACCGCAGGUGA